UCUGCUGGAAUUCUCAUUAUCGGGGAUGAGGUUCUCAACGGAAAGAUCUUGGACACAAAUUCACACAACUUCGCCAAGUUCUGCUUUAAUAAGUUGCUGAUUCCCAUGAAGCGUACCAUAGUAUGCGGCGACGAUAAAGACGACAUCGUCAAUUCCCUCAGAAUAUUGGUGGAACAAGACAAAGUGGACUUGAUCAUCACCUCUGGAGGUUUGGGCUCUACUCACGACGAUAUCACCUAUUCUGUCUUGAGUGAGUUCUACAAUAUCAAUUAUGAACUCGACAAUAAUGUUGUAGCUAGAAUGCACAGACUCAGAGGCUCGUAUCUCGAUCUGCUUUCACAGGAGCAAUUACAUGCCUUUUACAAGAUGGCCACUUUACCACCAGAAACGACCACAGAAACGAUUUUUCUCGACGAACAACUCUGGUUUCCUAUCGUUGCUAUAAACCACCAAGUCUACGUAUUGCCUGGAGUUCCGCAGUUGUUCAACCGACUGAUAGACGAGCUUGAAUCGUAUCUCAAGACUAGGAUCGUUUCUUCAGGCUCCGCUCUUUCAAGAUUCUACGUGAAGACAAAGUCUAACGAAAGCGAAAUGGCUCCAUUUCUCACCAAAUUGCAAAAUCAAGUAGACGGAAAGUACGGCGUUGGCACAGUCAAGUUGGGCUCGUAUCCUCAUAUGGACUGGAAGAUCAAUACCAUCAGUAUUAUUGGCAAGAUUCCUGAAAUUCUGAAACAGAACUUGAGGAAUAUUGUACAAGAAGUUGUAGAUGGUAUAGGAGGAAAUGCUGCCGAAAUUGACCAG